AACCACUGCAGAGUCUGUAGUCAGUGGAUAAAAUAAACGAUAAGAAAUGUGCAUCCAGGAUUUGACCAUCUACGGCUGAGGGCAGAUUAUAAAUACCUCCAAUUUAACCAACACAUCAAUUUCUUCAAAUAUCCAAACGUGACUUAUGGCAACCAUGACUACUGGCAUCAACCUCACCGCCGCACACAGCGCCUCAGCCAUGGCGGCGUGGCGCUCGGCGAAGCCCCAACCCGUGCAGUUGGCAUGCCUAAACAACAACCACUUCCCUAAGGGGAUGUCAAUCGGAUGCGGCGCCGGGAGGGUGCGUGUCCGGCCUGUGGCUGCCGCUUCCGACGGCCUCUCGGAGAAGGUGGCGGAGAGCGUGAAGAACGCAGAGGAAACCUGCGCUGGCGAUCCGGAGAGCGGGGAGUGCGUGGCGGCUUGGGAUGAGGUGGAGGAGCUCAGCGCCGCCGCAAGCCACGCGAGGGAGAGACAGAAAGCGAACAACCCAUCAGAUCCUUUGGAGAAGAAGAAUUACUUCGACGGUAACAACAAGCCAAAGACAGAGGGUGAUUAGAUUUCGUGUUUAAGUGAUUAUCCAGUUUGUAAUUUUGUAUACUAUACAACUAUUAUUAUCUGUACUUGUGCUGGUGGAUAUACCACCUAUCUUUCUCUCUCGUUGUAUGAUCAAUUUUCUUAUGGCGUGAUUAGAUGAAUUGGUUAAUUGAUGUCUUUUUUUUCAAUCUGGGUUCGGUGAGUACUGCAGUUAAGAAAAUUGGCAUUGAUGAAUUAUGAUUAUCUCGUUAUCAACUAUGAAUAAUGAUUUCUGCAACCGAAUGGGUUGAUGGCAUGGACAAAAGUUUGGAAUUUUCGGCUACCUCCGAAAGUCAAGCUAUUUUUUUGGCAAUUUGCAGCAGGUGUGCUGCCCACGGCUGAUAUUCUGGAGGCCAGACGUGUUCCAGUUUCAGGCCACUGCCCAGUGUGUAAAGUGGAGGAAGAGUCCUCUUUUCACUUGUUUUUAAAGUGCCCUGAUGUUCACACUGUUUGGCGUGAAGCGGGGAUUGCUACUGUGAUUGCAGGGGGAGUAUAGCAGGCUUUUUACAGAAGGUUUUUGCAGCUUUGGAUGAGGAAAAUACUUGCAGGUUCGCUAUCAUCCCAUGGAGUAUUUGGAAGUCUCGCAAUGGGAUUGUAUGGAAAGGGGAGGCCUUUUCAACCGGAAGUGUUUUGAGUGCAGCGACCAUUACUCUAGCGAGUUGGAGGACUGCCCCGGAGGCGAGCAGAAGGCAAGGGAGCGGGCUUCACAAACCAAGGAGGCUCAAGGUGGGAGAAGCCGGAAGCGGGAUGGGUGAAGAUCAAUGUAGAUGCGGUGAAUAACGCUCACACCGGAAAUUGGGCUUGGGGUUGGAUAGGCAGAGAUAGUAGCAAAUGUUUUCUCCGGGCACGUAGCCGGGUGGCUAAGGCAGUCUGGGAUCCCGUGGAAGCGGGGGCGAUUGGAGUUAGGGAAGGGGUGAGAGAAGUUGGAUGGGAUAAAAUAGUGGUUGAAACAGAUGCAGCAUUGGUCUUGCCAAGUAUAUAAGGCGAUGCUUGUGAUGCACAAUAGGAGUCAUUUUUGAAGAUAUCAAAUUUUUAAUUAAUGAGUUCCAUAAUGUUAAAGUCCAGUGGUGUAGGCGAUCAGCGAAACAAGUGGCUCAGCUAGUGUGACUGUUUCUAUGUCAGGUAGCGAGAUUGAUUUUUCUAUUCCUCUGAACUUUAUUGUAAGUCAAUUGACCAAUGAUCUUUUAAUAUAAUUUGGCGGUCUUACUUAAAAAAAACAAUGAAUAAUGAUUCUUUCAAAAAAAACAACGAAUAAUGAUCAUUGAUCAAAGCUUCC